AUGAGAUCGCACUUACUGCUUCGCUGUUAUUUAAGUAGGCGGUACGCACUCACGCCACUGUACGUAGUAAACGCUCGAAAAGAGAAGUGUGGUGCUCGUUGCUGGCAGACUAUCGCACAUCGAGAAGUGCAUUUGUACCGUCGACCAAUUGCAAUUUAUAGGACCUCGACACAGCCUAAGCUCGGGUUAUUCACUCCAACACAGCGAUGGCAUGGUCAUAGCCAUCGAAGUACUGAUGAAGUAGAAGGUACAACAGAUGAGCAAGCAUCAAGGUUAAAGCUCUCAGCAGAGGAUAUGAAGACAGCCGAUCGCAUCACAUGGGUUGGCAUCUGGUUGAAUGUGGUGCUAAGUGGAUUUAAGGGAGCUGCUGGAGUAGCUUUUCACUCAUCGGGGCUUUUAGCUGAUGCUGCGCACUCGAUAAGUGAUCUUGUGAGUGAUUUUGUGACGCUUGUGUCGCUCAAGUAUUGUGCACGACCACCUGAUGCCUCCCAACCAUACGGAUAUGGAAAAUACGAGACAAUGGGGGCGCUUUCUGUCUCAUUACUGCUUGUAGGAGGGUCGCUAGGGAUUAUGGUGCACUCUGUGGAUAGUCUUUUGGCGGUGAUACAACCAAUGACUGUGAUAUCUCCGAAAGAAGUAGUCGAGAUGGUUGAAAAAUUAGAUCCUGAUAUAUCAAAAGCAGUGGAAGCGCUUGCCAAGUCCCCACACUCACACGCACACGGUUUGGUCAUGCAUCCUGCUGCGUUGGGUAUUGCUGCGAUGUCUGUGGCUGCGAAGGAAGCAUUAUUUCGUACAACUAUGAACAUCGGACGUCGUGUGCACUCAAGCGUACUAAUUGCUAAUGCGUGGCACCACCGGAGUGACGCUAUCACUAGUGUUGUAGCAUUGGGUGGAAUUGGAUUGAGUCUCGCUGGCUUCCCACUUUUUGACCCACUCGCUGGCAUCGCAGUGGGUGGAAUUGUCCUAAAAAUGGGUGCAGAAAUGGGCUGGACAGCAACAAAGGAAUUGUGCGAUGUUAAAAUAUCUGAAAACAUUAUCAAAAAGCUGGAAAAAGCUGCGGCCGAAGUAAUCGAAAAUAGUAACGGUGAUGUGCUACAAAUUCGUCAGCUGCGCUGUCGCAAAGUCGGUCGUCAUAUUUAUGUGGACCUUACAUUAGUCGUGAGUGAUGGGUGUGAUGUACAUCAAGCUGUCGAAUGGAAACAAAAGGUGAAGAGCGCUAUGAAGAACCAGGUGUCGCGUGUGAAGGAUGUUGUUGUGGAAAUCGCCACGUUCCACUAA